AUGAUGCGCUUCAUAGUCACGGCUAGCGCCGUCAUAACUGGCGGCUCUGCGGUAUACUUCUACCUUUUCCACCAAAGGCUGUCAUCGCGCAUCCAACACAAGUCGCAUAGCGGAAAGCUAUCAGCGCCAUCUCCGAAACCGAUAGAGAUUGAAUCUAUCCCGGGGGAUAUUUUUACAGACCAAUAUUUUGCGCUCUACGAUCAUUCAUCAAAGUCUGUCGCGCGCGACGCGUUGCCCAAGAAUGUUCCUACGGAGCAACUUUUCACUAAGCUAGUCCGUCGCAAUAUGAUGGCUUUUACACGAUUCCCUCAAGCUUUGAUGAUCCGGCUUGUCAGUCGAGCUCCAGAGGAACAGCGGAGCUUCAAGACGUCUUAUCUCUCAUCUCUGGACUUCAAACAUGGAGAGCUUGCAUGUGGCGUGUAUCGCGUGAUCGCGCGUACCAAGAACAAGGUGGAAUUUGAGAUGACUAUGAAGAACAUGGAAUUUAUCAACGGUCGCCUUGCCCUGAGCUUUAGGGAAACAGAGAAUGAGGUGGUUUUCUCCAGCGAGACUUUGAUGUGGAGACGGUCCGAUGAGAAGCAGGCCAUGCCACUGGAGAAGCCGUUGUUGCGCUGGAUGCAUGAGACGGCGACUUGGUGGCUGCUGGACUCUGGUGUGAAGUACUUGAUGGAGAUGGAAAGCUAA